AUGCGGGGCUCCGGGGCCCGGCGGCUCUGGCUCGCGCUGCUGGCGCUGGCCUGGCUGGGCCUGGCGCGGGUGGGCAGCGAGGGGCCGGCGGGCAAGGCGGAGGAUGGGGAGGUGGCGGAGGAGGCGGAUGAGCAGGACGAGGUGCUCUCGGAGGAGCUGGGGGAAGAGGACGGCGUCUUGGUGCUCCACGAGCACAACUUCGCGCGGGCGCUGCGCGAGCACCGGCUGCUGCUCGUGGAGUUCUACGCGCCGUGGUGCCACCACUGCCAGACCCUGGCCCCCCAGCUGGCCCAGGCCGCCGCCACCCUGAGGAACGAGUCCAGGCAGCUGCGGCUGGCCAAGGUGGACGCCACAGCGCAGCCAGCCUUGAGCGCCGAGUUCGGCAUCACCGCCUACCCCACGCUCAAGCUCUUCCGCGACGGCAACCGCACCCACCCUGUCCCCUACACCGGCCCCCUGCACGCGCAGGGCAUCGUGCGCUGGCUGCAGCGGCGCGCGGGGCCCAGCGCAGUGCUGCUGCCCGACGCCGMCGCCGCCGCCGCCUUCAUCGCCUCGCAGGAGGUGGCCGUCGUGGGCUUCUUCCAGGACCUGCGGGGCGAAGGCGCCCGGGUGUUUUACGAGGUCGCGGGCGACCUGGUGGACGUGGCGUUCGGCGCCGCCGAGGCGCCCGAGCUCUUCGAGGCCUACGGGCUGGCGGCCGACACCGUCUGCCUCUUCAAGAAGUUCGACGAGGAGCGGGCCGAGCUGCCCGCGGGGCCGGCGCGCGGCCUCGGCGCCGCCGAGCUCUCCCGCUUCGUGCGCGUGCACAGCCUGCCGCUCGUCACCGAGUUCAGCAGCGAGACCUCGGACAGGAUCUUUGGGGCCAACAUCUCACACCACAUGCUGCUCUUCCUCAACACGACGGAGCCGGCGCAGCUGGAGCUGCGCGGCCCUUUCCGGGAGGCCGCCGCCGCCUUCCGCGGCCAGGUGCUCUUUGUGCUCGUGGACGUGGGCGGCUACGGCGCCGGCGUGCUGCCCUUCUUCGGCCUGACGCCGGCCGACGCGCCCACACUGCGCCUCAUCACGAUGGAGAGCAACAGGAAGUUCCAGAUGGAGGAGGAGGCCUUCUCGGCCGSGGCCGUGCGCGCCUUCGUGCAGGCCGUGCUGGACGGCAAGGUGAAGCCCCGUCUGCUGAGCGCGGAGCCCCCUGAGGACUGGGACACGAAGCCGGUUAAAGUCCUCGUGGGGAAGACCUUCGAGCAGGUGGCCUUUGACGAGACCAAGAACGUCUUUGUCAAGUUCUACGCUCCAUGGUGCAGCCACUGCAAGGAGAUGGCUGCUGCCUGGGAGGAGCUGGGCGAGCGCUACAAGGACCACGAGAACAUCGUUAUCGCCGAGAUGGACGCCACGGCCAACGAGAUGGAGAACAUCACCAUCCAYGGCUUCCCCACGCUGCACUACUUCCCUGCAGGGCCAGGCAGGAAGAUGAUCGAGUACAAGAGCAACCGGGACGUGGAGACCUUCUCCAAGUUCCUGGAGAACGGAGGGAUGCUGCCCGAGGAGCCGCCYGUGGUGACCGAGGCCCCCAGGAACAUCACGGACACACAGGAGCCAAGUCCUUCGGGCACUGCUGAAAGCAGAGACGAGUUAUGAGCGGGUGCUAUAAA